AUCCAACACCAGCUAAACUUCUGAGGAGAACUCUGACAAUUUGUGUUGGAUGAAGGCUUCAAAAAAGACAAAAUCACUCAGCAUACCUGCAGCUGUGAAGUUUCAGAGGGACAAAUACAAUCUCCCGCCCCAUGAUGCCCUGGCACAGAUCCUUCCAGACUAUCAGUUGCUCCUCAACAGAGCAAAGACUGAGCUUCAAGGCACGGCCCAACAAGAUCAGAAGACUCCGGCUGAGAGGCCAGAGUCUGCAGGGGAUAGCAAACCUAACAUAAAUAGCACGUAUGAAGUUCCUCACCCACACAAGCGACCCACUCUGCAUGAGUUUGAGGAUGAUCUCCACAUGGCAGAGAUCUCUGACCUCCAAACAAAGGAGAUUGAAAACUAUCGAUCAGCAAUGUCUAGGAUGGCAGAAGACAUCAUCACACUUAGGACGCAGGUGCUGUCUUUGGAGGCAGAAAACAGCCAGCUCCGUAGUGAUCUGUCUCUGCAGCAGGAUCUUGGACGAGAUCUUCUGGCCGACACAGACAUUGACGUCAUGACCAAGGCUGAGAUUGCUGACCGAAUAGCCACUCUAAAAUUCAAGCUCGCCAGUGAGGCAAGUAAGGCCGCCUCACAAAGGGACCGCAUACAACAACUGCAGAAUGAGCUGAUCCGGAAGAAUGACAGUGAGAAGGAGCUACUAAAACUUCACAGAGUCCUCCAGCAGCAACAGAAGGAUCUGCAACAUCACCAGAUUCACUUAGCAAAGAUGGCAACUUUGGAGAUUACGCUGAAACAGCAGGGAGAGGUCAUAGAAAAAAUGGAGAAAGCAUUAGAUGGCAAACUCAGAGACAAGAAGAGUCAUCAUGGUGACAAAAGGCUGCUGAUAAAAAGAGAAGAAAAAAAAGAAAUAGAGUCAGCCUUGGCAUCAGAGAACACCCAUCUCAGAAAAGAGCUGGAGAGGAUUCACCAGCUGCCUGCCCAACUCAUUACACAGCAAUCAGACCAGACAAAAGAGGCAUUUACACACAAGGAUAAACUGAGUUUACUGAAUCAGCUGGAGAUGGCUGAGGCAAGAAUCCAAACACUGGAAACUCAGCUAGAGGAGAAUGCUAAAGUAUGGGGGAGACAGAAGCAAGAAAUGCUGAUCAAACUGAGCGAGCACAGGCACGGCUUGGUCUGAACAUCCACAACAAUCCUUCAUAAUGUUCCUUCAGUCAGUCAGGCCUCAAUUUUCAUACUGUAAUGUAUGCAAUUAUGUUAUGAAGGGAUUUAACAUUUAACAUGCUGUUUGUUACUUCUUACAGAGGGCUCAUUAUACUGGCAAAGCUGUAAAAAAAAGACCCGCAAAUGAACUGAUGAAGUUGAUGGCACCCACCGAUUCUGUGAUUUCACAUUUAGAUGUAAUUCAGAUGUUUGUUUGUUUUUUAGUUGAAAAAUGCUUCAAAUGUAAAGUAUGGACAGUUGCAUAUUUAAAAAACAGAUACUUAUUGUAUUAGUUGUACUGUUUAUUCAUCAGUUUUGCCAAGUACAGGUGAAUUAAAGGUGUACAAUACAUUCCUGAUUUUCAGUAUA